AUGUCCAAUAGAGAAGGAACCAUCCCCUUUGACAUUCCCAAUGUGCAACAGCAAUGUUUCACGUGGUACAGAGCGAUUGGCGACAUCAACAAGACACCACCGCUAAUCUUGAUACACGGAGGUCCGGGUACUGGCUCCGACUACCAUCUUCAUCUUGCGAAACCACUCGAAGCUGCAGGUAUAUCUUGCAUAUUCUACGACCAGGUUGGCUGCGGACGCUCGUCACUCAUCCGCGAGAGAGCCGAAGAUGAGAGUUUCUGGGGCUUCGAUUUGUUCUGUGCUGAGCUCGACAAUCUCGUCGACCACUUUGAGCUGCGCAGAGUCGGAUUCUCUAUCUACGGCCAUAGCUGGGGCGGCAUGCUAGCCAGUAUAUAUGCUGGACGAAAACCGCGUGGCCUUAGCAAACUAGUCAUCGCCAAUUCAAUUCCGAGCGCAGCUCUCUCCGCCAAAGAGAGUGAACGCUUAUUCCGGCUUCUACCCGUCGACGAUACUAUCAUACAGAUGGAUGCGGACGGAGAUUAUGAUAACCCGGUAUAUCGAGAGGCGGGUCUUCGUUUCAUGGAAAAGCAUUUUUGCAUACUCGAACCGUGGCCUGCAGCACUCACUGGCACCGGAGCAUCACGGGAAAACAGCACGAGAAUGUGGAAGGGGAACGGCAAGAAAGGUAUCUCCCUUAUCCGACAGUUAGGCUUUAUGCAUGACUAUGAUGCCAUCAAGACGGCAGGGGAUAUCGAAGUGCCCGUACUGCUCCUAACAGGUCGAUACGACAAGAAUAAUGAAGUGAUCAUGGGCCCUUGGUUCAAAUCCAUACCACGGGUCAAAUGGGCCGUGCUUGAGAAGUCGAGUCAUAUGCCAGCUUUUGAGGAGCCCGCUAGAUUUGCUGAGCUCUUAACGACUUUCCUGCUAUAG